AUGACGUCAUCAGGGAUCUCCAAGUGUGCCAGUGACGUCAGUGGCCCUCUACUGCGCGCCAAGCUGCUCCCCUGGGCUGUCGCCGCCUUGCGUUCCGCCACCUCCCGCGCGUUCUCCGCCGCCAGCAGCAGCGCCGGGCGUUGCGCGCAAGCUGGGGGCGGGGGAGCAGGCGCGGCGGAACGAUCCAGCGGAGGGGGGAACCUCGAGGCGAUCAAGGAGAUCCGCGCGCGCGCUGGCGCGCCGGUGAAGGACGUGAAGGCGCGGGUGGCAGCGGAGGGGCUGGUGGGGGUGACGACGCGGUGGGGCGUGGGGGCGGCGGUGGAGGUGAACAGCGAGACGGAUUCCGUUGCCCGCAGCGACCUCUUUCAGAUGCUUGUGAAGGGUUCAGAGGGCUUAGAGGGCUCAGGGGGGUUUAAAGUGAACCCUCUCGGCCGUGGGUGCAUCUUUUGCUGCCACUACAUGGGCCACACCUCUCCACCGCCCGACAUCACAUCCCUCCGAUCUCUCACCCCACCUCUCACCCCACCUCUCACCCCACCUCUCACCCCACCUCUCAUCCGACCUCUCACCCCACCUCUCACCCCACCUCUCACCCCACCUCUCAUCCCACCUCUCACCCCACCUCUCAUCCCACCUCUCACCCCACCUCUCACCCCACCUCUCACCCCACCUCUCAUCCCUCCUCUCACCCCACCUCUCAUCCCUCUUCUUACCCCACCUCUCAUCCCUCCUCUUACCCCACCUCACAUCCUCCUCUCAUCCGUCCUCUCAUCCUUCUCCCUCGCUUUUCUCUCCCUCUCUCCCUCCACUCUCCUUCCUGUCGCUCCCUCUCUGCAGGUCUCUAAGGCAGCAGCAGCCGCAGCAUUGAACUUUCACCCCUCCCCUUCCUCUCUCUCUGCCUCCUCCUAUCGCCCUCUUCCUCUCCCCCUAGAGAGCCUUGAGCGAGCCACUGUGUCGUUUGACCACCCGAAGCUGUCGGGAAGCCGCCAGCUGGCAGAGGCGGUGGCUGAGGUGGCAGCGCUGACUGGGGAGAACGUGCGCCUGCGCCGAGCCUUCCUGCUUCCCGCGCCUCGGCCUGGCUCGGUGACUGUGGCCACGCACCAUCGCGGCAGCCCCGGAUUUGGCUUGGGGCGGGUAGCUGGUCUUUUCUCUAUCUCGAUGUCUGAGGGGAAUCGACUGGCAGAUGUAGGCCUUGAGGUGGCACAAGGAUUGGCGAUGCACGUGUGUGUAAUGAAGCCGCUGUAUCUGAGGCGAGAGGAUGUGCCGGCAGAGGUGGUGGCGAGGGAGGUUGACGUGGUGCGAGCUCAGGUGGGCUCCUCUUUCGCUGUCCCCUCGGCGGGCAAGGCAGUGGGCAAGGCAGUGGGCAAGGUGGCUGUGGCAGGAGGCAAGGCAGCAGGCGUGGUUGAGAAGAUGGUAGCGGGGCGCCGGGGCGGCUUAAGGCUUGCUACAGACAGGCUUGCUGUGGCAGCGGGCAAGCCAGCGGGCAUGGUAGAGAAGAUGGUAGCAGAGCGGCUGAGAAGGUUCUACCAGGAGAUGGUGCUGCUGGAGCAGGCGCAUGCCAUGGAUGAGAAGUGGACAGUGCAGGAAGUGUUAGCAGGAGCUUCCAGGAAGGCUGGGGCAACGAUCCGAGUGGAGCGGUUCUUACGCCUGGAGGUUGGAGAAGGCAUUGAAAGGUAA